CACUUGAGGAGUGAAAAAAAGGGGGAAAAAAAACCCAUCUUUCAUGAUCUGCAUUCUAGGAAUGUAUCCUCAUGUUGAGGCCUUAACGAAAGCGAGCUUCCGCACCUUCACAGGUCGGGGAAGCCGAGAUCUUGUCAGCCAUCUGCCAUUGAGGGAACACGCAAGGCUUGUAAGAGUAUAUCUAAGGAGUAUAUAUAAAACAAAUGACCUUCCGAGUUUUCUCGAAACAAUCAGCGGUUAGACUUUAUCGCACAUUCCCGUUCACAGCUUCUAUCAUACAGACUAUUUUACAUUGCACCUAAUCGACCUGAAAUAUAAUUCCAGCACCUCAAGACCAUCAUGUUGUUGAAAGAUCUUUGCCUGCUGGGCUUGCUGAUGGUGGCGCCUGUCAGCGCCGAUAAGCACCGCCUUUGUGCCUGUAUUAGCGACCAGGGUCUUGUCGGUGUCCAGAUCAAUGACGAUGCAACAAAAGCAGUCGUCAACGCGUACGACGGACGAUUCGUUUAUGCUGGAGGCAAUUGGUUUUCUGAUGAGCUUCACGGCGCGCCAUACAGCGGCUCUUAUUGGCAUGCGAUAGAAGGAACAGUCAACGGAGCCAAAGAUGAUGGGUGGGUUGGGGGUGAUGAGGCACAUGGGCUUUGCAAAAAGCAGAACUGCGACAGUGCAUGCUUCUCGCCUGGGGAGUCUUUCAACUGGCAGGGCUGUGGGCCAGAUGACGAAUGCUUCACCUCCAAGGCAAAGAAGACGGAUAAGUUUGGUAACCCUGUGUAA